UUUAUCGCCCGCUCACAGCGCCAGCUGUAGCUUUGUUGGAAUCCUCAGCUUGUCUCCUCCUCCCACCUUUGGCUGUGUGUACACUUAUUUUGAAGGCAUCGACAGGAAGUUAACCCCUAAUUCCAAAGUGGACCUCUGCAGGAAAGUUUCUCAAGGGAUUCCUUUGUUCGUGGGUUUGGACCGGGAGAAAGUGGGUAUAUGGCAUGAAAUAAACCAGAAGUUAAUAACAUCAGCUGAGUGAGGAGGAGGAAGCGUCUGUGGACACAACGAGGAGUUCUCGGUGAAAAGGCAGAGGGACGAAGCUCCUAAUGGAAAGAGAGGGAAGAUGACUAGGAGGAGCCGAGGACGGAGCUGAGCUAUGUGGCAAAUCUCUGAAGAACUUCUCCGUCCGUGAAAGCAGCAGAGCCGCCUUUAUUUCGAAAAAGUGAUGGAGGGAGAGAAGGAACGACUGAGACAACAUCGGGAUGAGAAGGAGAGCAACGAAGCAGAUGAUUACGGCAAGUGUGACGACGACAAAGACAAGGUCGAGGAAGAUGGGGAAGACUUGGUGGGGGCAGCGCUGGUCUGGCAGGAACGCUACAGCGAGGACAAUCUGGGCCUUCCCAUCAUGCACUGGGAGGCCCUGAGCCUGCGUAUUGCCGAGCUUGAGAAGCAGGAAGAAGAGAAGAAGGAGAAGAGGUUAAAGACUGGCCUUUCUCUGGAGCAAGGAGGAGCCCCAGUCAGCUGGAAAGAGGAGCGAGGGAGGAGAACGGAGAGCUGGGAGGACGGCGACGACGCCUGCAAUAGUCACGUGCUGGCACUGACCUCUCGCCUGCAGACACGGAUGAAUCUCCAGCUCUGCUUCAUCAACAACAGUGAAAGUGAAGAGGAGGAGGAAGAGGAGAAGAAAGGGGAUGUUAGAAAGAAAGAAAGCAGCUCAUGGAGAGGAAGUGUUCAGAUUCACAAGGAUCCUCAGCCUUCAAGCAAACCAGAGAAACAAAAGUCGAGAGGCUUCAGGAACACUCUGAAGAACCUGCGAGACCGACUAAGGACCGACCACAAGUCUUUGACCACAGCGCGGAGUGAUCCUGUAAACCAGAGGAGACAUUUGGAGCACAGCGAUCUGCAGGGCUUCACUAUCAAGGAGCUGAAUGCUCUCUGUGCGUCUCUCAGCCAGGCUAUACAAGAUCUGAGCUCAGAGCUGGUGGGUCGCCUCCAGGUCCGAGACCAGCUGAGGACGGAGCAGGACGCCAUGCUGCUGGAGGUACAGGAUCUAACGUCACUGUGACAUCACGUCCACAUGUGAGCAGCUGGGAGGAGUGGUUAUGAGACUUAAACAUUAUUAGGGUAACGCCACAAAGUUCUCCACGACAUCUGAGACAUUCCCUGCUGCUGUUGGCCGGACUGGUCACUCACUGUGAAGUGUUGGUCUCUAUAAAUACUGGGACUUUUAAUGUUCUGUGUUUUUAGGUGUGUAAGGGAAACUUUGACCCGCUAAAGACGUCCAUCAGCUGAUGAUUUACAUAUGAAACGAAAACCAGCAGAGAACUGCAUGUCAGUAAAAACCUGUGCCUUACACCCGCUACAUUACAGGACGGGUGUAAGGUCAAAACCUCACAGAAGCAUGAGGGGGAAAUGUGACAUCCAGGUUUGGCUUUGUCUGUUUGUGGAAAUGAUUGUGAUCCACGUGGAAAGGUGAAAGGUUUCACGAGUGUUACUGGAAUUCCCGUCUCUCUGAAAAGCGCUCUUAGAUCAUCCGCCUUCAAGCUGCAAGCACUGAACCCAGAUCAGUGUCUGUACAGGCUAAAUGAUGAGCAGGGUCAUGCACAUUUCAAAAAAGGGGCUGUUUUUAUUAAAAACAAUAGUUUUAGCACCAGAUUCUAUUGCAUUAUGUUUCCAUUAUGUUCAUUUAUUAACUUGAGAAUCCUACUUGUACUUCACAUCAUUUCUCCCACAGACACAGUAGAGACAGUCAUUUCUGCAUAAUAGUGAGAUGGUCCUUAACAUAGUAGUAAGAAGCCUUCCAGCAGUCCUGUGUAAAAUGUCCACCUGGCGAGUGAGACGUCAGAACUCUUAACUCUGCAGUGCAAAAGGGACCAAUGUGGAAAAGCUCAUUAACAUCUGUUCUUUGCUCUGUUUCGAUAUAAUCUUUGGAUCCUGGCAUAAAGUCUUAUUCAUGCUUUUCUGUCUACACUUUUUAAUUGAUGUUGGUUAAUAAAUGAAAUGUGCUCUUUUGUACAACAAAACGAUAUCUUUAGUAUUAAUCUGAAUUUUGACACUUUUAACUUGACUAACCUAAAUUGUAAUUUACUAUUUUUUUUUUGUUCGUGUUUUUGGUCACAGUGAAAGUAUUUCAUCUCAUUCCUGAUGAGCUGUUGAUAGCAAGUUUAAAAACAGCAAACUUUUUAAAAGUUGAAUGUAAAUAUGAACGGUAUACAUUUAUUUGUAAACCAUCAGUGUCUUACAAUAUACCAGGUGUUGAAAUGGAGACCACUGUUAUUGAAAUGUUCUCUUGGAGUGCAAUGCCAUCUUUAAAAAAUCAUUUAUUUAUUUGAAGUUUAAACAAAGCACAUCAAAACCUGGAAAAAUUAAAACUAAUUAGAAUAAUUGUUACCACGGUCAGCAACACGAGCGUUUGUUUCAUUCUGAGUUUUUGAGAUUGCUUUAAGUGGAAAAGGAGGUCCACUCCCCACAGCCCCUCCAGUCCACUGUGAUGCUUUUCACAGUCAGUAUCCAUUCUGCUGAUUUGUACUGAGUUUUGCAAAUUAUGAGCUGUGGAUUAAAGCCUGUCCUCUCCUCAGCAGGACAGAUAGUGUAGUGUUGAAGACGUUAACCAGCCUCUCUGCUGUGGACAAGACGAAGGCUCAACAGCUGGAACGUAGACCUGCAGACACUGGAAUGGUGACAACUGUAGGUUGUUUAUAGAGCACUUUUCACAGGCAGCCACAAAAAGCUCUACACAAAAGGCUAAAAUAAUCGAGAACAUUAGGUGCCGAAACAGACAAUACGAAUGAUUAAAUAAAACACAAAAAUUAACAGUUUAAAAAGUUUUAGUUUUAAAAUGAAACAAAUUCUUAACACAAAGCCUGUUUGAAUAGAAAAGUUUUUAACCGCUUUUUAAAAGAAUCCACAGAGCCAACCAAACGUAGUUGUGGUGGUGGGCUGUCCCACAGACUGGAAGGCUCUGUGGAUUUUAGGAUUUAGUCGUGUUCAGGGAACAACCGACAAACUGAGUCUGUGAACAGAAUAUUUUGUAAGAAGCUUGGAUAAAUAAUCUGGGGCCUGGCCAUUUAGCGCUCUGUAUGCUAAGACAAGAACUUUCAAACUUUAUUUGGGAGCCAAUAUAAUGAAUCUAAAAUGGGAGUAAUGUGAGCUCGAUUGCUAGACCUUGUUAAUAGUCUGGCCACAGCAUUUUGUAUAGCUUGGCGAGAAAAAGACUAUUUGCCCAAGCUGGUAAACAGGGCAUUACAACCUAAACGCAAUGACACAAAUGUAUGAACAUUUUUUUCCAGUUCAGCUAAGGAGACCAUAUGUCGCAGUUCAGAAAAUGUUCCUUAAAUAAAAGAAACGGGAACAAGACAACGAUUUUACACGCAAGUCGAGGCCCAGAGAAGAAUCAGAUAUUACACCAAGAUUUCAAAUGUUUGACUUGGCAGCAGGACAGAAAGAAGCAAAAACCUGACUGAUUUUAGAAUCGAGUUCAGGAGGAGCUAUGAUCACGGCCUCAGUCUUUUUGGUGUUUAAAACAAGGUAAAUGCCAGAGAGCCAAUCAGUAGCACCAGUUAAGCAGUGGACUAGGGUGGACAACCUAUCCAGCUGAUGAGGCUUAAACGACAUACAGCUGAAUGUCACUGGCAUAGAGAUGAUAAGAAAUGUCACUGAAAGAUUGAAUAAUGCCAGGUAAAGGAGCCAUGUAGAAAGAAAAUAGUGGUGGACCUAAAACUGAACCGUGCGGAACCCCGUUCCCACUUAUGAAGGCAAUGUUGGAGGACAACCUGUCUGUUCUAGGAGAGGUCCUAUAAACAGGAAGAAAACCAAGGCAGAGCCAGAUGCACUAGCCAAAAAAUUAGAUCAUUAGACCUUCAAGAGAGCGGUCUCAGUGGAGCACUGCUUUUUAUCAUUAUCAUCAUUUAAACGUUGCGUCCCACCAGCACAGGUGUAGAGGAGCCUGGAACAGAGUACGGACGAUGGUGUAAGCUGCACGGGUUUCCACGCUUUCAGAUGACCGCCCAGGUGGUAAACACAAGUGGGCAUGGAGAUCAAUCCAGCCCCGACAAGUCUGACCGAAAGGAGCCCAGGAAUGAAGCUCCCAAAGAUCAACUUCUCUCUGGUGGGCAAAGCAGCACAAGGAAACUGUCUCUCUUCCUCUGAUGAGGCCUGAAAGAAUACGUAAGGACCAUCAGCCGCCCUGGGUCUGCUGCUCAGUGCAAGACGUUGCCUCAUGGGGUGAGCAUGAUCAUGAGAAAGGUGGUGGAUCAGCCCAAAGCUACACGGGAGGAGUUUAAUGAUCUAAAG